ACUGGCUUCAGACGGAGUUACUGCACUGCUUUGAAACAGAAGUGGCUGCAUCCUGUGAUCUCGUGCAAGGCUGAGGACUUCCUGMUAUCAAGAGAGAUGUGGAAAGCAGCUUGACAGAUGCUGAAAUGGAUCUGAGAUAAAUGGAUCAUUUAAACUGGGAGCUACUAAAAUCCUCUCUGGCUGGCAAAUGCAGUGCCUAGCAGCAGUCAUCAAGGACGAACCAAACAUGAGUGGAGGAGGGGAACAGGUCGACAUCCUGCCGGCCAAUUAUGUGGUCAAAGAUCGCUGGAAAGUGUUGAAGAAGAUUGGUGGUGGUGGCUUUGGGGAGAUUUAUGAAGCAAUGGAUCUGCUGACCCGCGAGAAUGUGGCCUUGAAGGUGGAAUCAGCCCAGCAGCCCAAGCAAGUUCUCAAGAUGGAAGUGGCUGUCCUGAAGAAGCUACAAGGGAAGGAUCAUGUUUGCAGAUUUAUUGGCUGUGGAAGGAAUGAAAAGUUUAAUUAUGUGGUCAUGCAGCUUCAGGGCCGAAAUCUUGCAGAUCUCAGAAGAAGUCAGCCUCGGGGGACUUUCACACUGAGCACAACGCUGCGAUUAGGCAAACAGAUUCUGGAAUCAAUAGAAGCCAUCCACUCUGUGGGAUUUCUGCACCGUGAUAUCAAGCCUUCCAAUUUUGCCAUGGGCCGCUUACCUUCAACGUACAGGAAAUGCUACAUGCUGGAUUUUGGUCUGGCUCGUCAGUACACCAACACCACUGGGGAAGUCCGGCCACCUCGCAACGUUGCUGGGUUUCGGGGAACAGUCCGCUAUGCUUCGGUGAACGCCCACAAAAACCGAGAAAUGGGUAGACACGAUGAUCUCUGGUCCCUCUUUUACAUGUUGGUGGAAUUUGCAGUUGGGCAGCUUCCCUGGCGAAAGAUCAAAGAUAAGGAGCAAGUUGGCAUGAUAAAAGAGAAGUAUGAACACCGAAUGCUGCUAAAACACAUGCCUUCAGAGUUCCACCUAUUUCUGGAUCAUAUUGCAAGCCUAGACUACUUCACCAAACCAGACUAUCAGCUAAUCAUGUCCGUGUUUGAGAACAGCAUGAAAGAAAGAGGCAUUACUGAAAAUGAAGCCUUUGACUGGGAGAAGGCCGGGACAGAUAUCUUGCUGUCCACUAGCACCUCUACUCCUCCACAGCAAAACACUAGGCAAACAGCAGCCAUGUUUGGGGUGGUUAAUGUCACUCCAGUACCUGGGGACUUGCUUCGUGAAAACACUGAGGAUGUCCUACAGGGUGAACAUCUGAGUGAUCAAGAGAAUGCKCCUCCCAUCCUGUCAGGCCGGCCGGCAGAAAGUCUUGGCCAGGCUCCAAACGCUGCUUUCAAUGAGGCUGAAGUUUGGGAAGAGACAGAUGUGAAUCGCAACAAACUCAGGAUCAGCAUCAGCAAAACUCAGUGCAUGGUAGAAGAGGAGCAGCGAAACGGUGUCUGUCCCAGCUCCCCUGUCCGAGUGCCUCCAGAGUCCCCUACCGCACAAGCGCGCUCCCUCCGCUACCGCCGCGUGAACAGCCCCGAGUCCGAGCGCCUCUCCACGGCUGAUGGCAAGGCGGAUCCGAACGAAAGAAGAUCUCGAAUGGAUUUGCCUGGCUCUCCGUCGCGGCUCGUGUGUUCCUCCCAGCCAGCCCAGAUGUUAUCCAUUGAUACUGGCCAAGCAGACCGGCAGGCAAGCGGUAGGAUGGAUGUGUCUGCUUCGGUGGAACACGAAGCCCUCAGCAAUGCUUUCCGCUCGGUACCCCUGGCAGAGGAAGAGGACUUUGAUAGCAAGGAGUGGGUUAUCAUUGAUAAGGAGACUGAGCUGAAGGACUUUCACCCUGGUGCAGAGCCAAGCACCUCUGGAACCACAGAUGAGGAACCUGAGGAACUAAGACCUAUUGAAGAGGGUGAGGAGAGGAGGCGCUUGGGGGCAGAUCUGGCAGUCAGGCCGAAGAUACAYGAUGGGCGAAGUCGGGCUAUGCAGCCUGUGACGGAGGAGGACAGUUCCCACAGACACGAAGGACCUUCUCAAACAGUAUCUGACAGUAARCACGAACAGCAGACAGGAAGUCCAGCCCACUCCCCCCUGCACUCAGCACCAGCUACCCGACAAAGGAGACGGGAGUCUGAACCUACUGGUCCUCAGAGACAGGCAUAUUCACUGAAGUCAUUUGAAAUGAAUGGUCUGCCCAAGGCGGUGCCUUUAAGUUUGCCUUAUCAAGACUUCAAAAAAGAUUUGCCCGACUAUUGGGAAAAGCCUAAGGCACCCCAGCGGAUAAAGAAAGUUGACUUCUCAAAUAUUGUCUUGACCGCUCCUUGCAAACCCCCUGAACCUCACCUCAAAAUGAAUGGGAAAGAGGAAGAAGAAGAGGAGGAGGAAGAGGAGGAGGAGGAAGAGGAGGAAGAGGAGGAAGUAGGAGACGAGAUUGAUAUGCACAGCGGCUCCAGCAGUGACUUGAGUCAAAAAAGCACAGAGCGCAGCCAGGAGUGUGCACCAUCCACUCUCCUGGCUGACGACCAGAAGGGCUCCAAGGGUCGAGCUUCCACUGCUGAUGGGGAUCURGAACUGGAGGAAGGCUCAAAAACACUAGUGCUCUUUUCACCAGGUGAUCUGAAAAAGUCUCCGGUGACCACAGACUUGGCUCCAGAAGUUGAUCUGGGGACUCUUGCUGCUCUAACACCGCAGAGCGAGCGGCCACAACCUAUGGGUAGCCAGUUAGAUGUAUCCGAGCCAGGAACCCUGUCCUCUGUCCUUAAAUCUGAACCAAAGCCUCCCUUGGCAGUGGCUACRACUUCCUCCCCUUUCACCAAAGUUGAGCGCACAUUUGUGCAUAUCGCUGAAAAGACCCACUUAAAUGUCAUGUCUUCCAGUGGCCAACUGAUGAGGCAUGAGGAUUACUGCCCUCCUGGUCCAUUUGAAGAGAUCAUUAUUGAAGAAGAGAUGGAGGAAAACCUGGUGCUGGUAGAGAACGGAAGCAUACAUUCAGGCCUAGAAGGGGCAGAGACAGAAAGCUGUGCACUUUCAGCUAAUCCUGCUGAAAUCUCCUCAGAGACAGCAGGCACAGCAAAGCCUGCUGAGGACAAGUUGGAGCUCUUUGAGAAAGUGGCACCCCCGCUAGAUUUGGAAGAGCCUGGCAAGACCAUUCCCAGAGAACACGAGCUUGAGAAGGCUAAAGCCACAACAGAACACCUUAAGCAAGCAGAAAUUCCCUUGGACACACCACAGCAGGGCCCCAGGAGACCUCUGGGAUCCAGGUAUAGGAGUCGGAUACCCAUUUUGUUCUCUGAGGAGGACACUGGCUCAGACCUUUCAACUUCACUCUCAGCCAAAGACAGGCUUUAUAAGAGGGCGAAGCAGCCUGAUUUGGCUCGCCUAGUGAUGGAGAAGAGGCAAAACCGUCUCCUUAGGCUGGCCUCAGGGGCCUCCUCCUCAGCAUCCUCCAGCGAUGAACGGCRGCGGGCCUCAGAAACCCUUUCAGCCACUGGUUCUGAGGAGGACACCCAUGACUCUGAUGACUCCAUCCCGAGAAAGGCAGGGAAGGAGAAGGCUACCCUCCUGGGAAAAGCAGAGAAACACGUAAGCACAAAGAGCAGAAUUCCUCGGCCCAUCACACCGAUGAAAUCACCGCUAGAGACAAUGAGGUCUGAGGGCUCCAUGGCCAUCGCCAUGCCAGUGCUGUGUAGCUCCCUGCAAGAUGCAGCUGCUGCCUACAGGCUUCAGGCACAGAGGCCAGCUGGAAGUCUCCCCAGUGACUCCCGACCCACCCAGACACAGAGCCGGCUUCCUUCUUCACCGAAUUCCAGUGCUCUUCCUCCACGAAGCGGCUCACGGAGGCCUAGCUGUGCACCUCCUCGGAGUCCUGUCCUUCCUGCAAGAAACCCCAGUGCUACCCCCAGGAGCCAGUUACCACCUAGGAAGGAAAGCCCUUCCCCUUGUCGACAGCGUAAGCCGGGGACUGGUACUCAGCGAGUCCCACCUUCCCCCCGACCUCAGCCCCAGGCACAAGGCCUAGGGCCGACAGGAGACUCCCUGCCCUCGCCUGGUGUGGCCAAAAAGGGACAAAGAGGCAAAAAUCAGACUCAAAGCCCAGCAACCAAAGGAAAGCAGGCGUCCUCGGAAAGUAAGGCAGCUGCCAGAUAAUGAUCUUCU